UUGCGGUAUUCGACUGUUACAUACGGAAAUCUAAGCAGCUCGGUAUUUAGUGAUUAUAUGGUUUAUUAGGCGCAAUAACAACACGAAUCCAUGGAAGUGUAGUGAUAGUUUGGUCAUUGGAUCGUGGCGUAAGCCAUCCUUUGCUGGACGCUAUGUGGGAGGAAAUUUGUGAAUACCCCGAAGCGGAAAUCGUAUAGGGCAUCUACCCGAGAUGGGGUCCUUACUGUCCCGGUGGAAGACCAAGCAUUCUACAGUAGACAUUUUGGAAAGCUUAGAAAAGGAAAUACAGCACCUGGAAGAAUUCAGGGUUAAGAAUCAGAGAGUGCUGAAGCUGUGGGUGGGACGACUUCUGCUGUACUCAUCCGUCCUCUACCUUCUUACAUGUAUAUCUGUCUACUUGUGGUGUCUCCCUGAACAAUGGACAGAGCGACUUAUAUUGGCUUUGCCAUUUUUCUUAUUUCCAAUACUAGUCUGGUUUACCAGGAAGUUGUUAAUUAUUCUUUUUUCUAAGAGGACUGAACGGAACAAUGAAAAGUUAGAUGAGCUCAGAUCCCAGAAAAAGAAAAUACUUGAAGAGGUGAUGGAGACUGAAACGUAUAAAAAUGCCAAAUUGAUCCUGGAGAGAUUUGAUCCAGACUCGAAGAAAACUGCUGAGCUUGAAUCCGAUCUGGCUGGUUCACAGGCAACACCAAGACCAGGACAAGAACUUCGUCAACGCAAUGUGACCCCGAAGCCACCUGUUAUGGGGACCCCCGCUGGCUCCGCUGCUCAGCCCCCAAUUGUCCUACCAGCCACCCCCUCUGGCCCACCACCACGCUCAGCCCCUGGUGGACCCCCCGAGAGAGGCCUGGCAUCCUCUUCUGCUCAGCAGACUCCGCUGAGAAGGCCUGUGCCCCCUGGGAGCUCCAUGGGAAUGGGCAUGCACCCCCCAGGCCCCCCCCUUGCCAGGCCCAUCCUCCCACGGGAACGGGGUACUAUGGACCGCAUCAUUGAGUACAUGGUCGGUGACGGCCCUCAGAACAGAUAUGCUCUCAUAUGUCAGCAGUGCUUCUCCCACAAUGGCAUGGCCUUAAAAGAAGAAUUUGAGUUCACUGCCUUCCGUUGCGCUUACUGUUACGUCCUGAACCCCGCAAGAAAGACCCGACCCCAAGCACCCCGGCUCCCAGAGUUCAGCUUCGAGAGGAGUUUACGCCCGGAAACAGCCGCCCCGGCAUCGUCAGUCCUGGAGCCCCCUGCCGAAUCCCCUGACCCAGUAGCCAGACAAAACAAAAGGAGUCGCCCCUGUGUGUGGAAUGAGGAGUCCUCUUUGUCUGUAGCUACAGCCCCUUGGAGUAAAGUGCACAGUUUCCAUCAGCAACCAAAAGCUGAAAAGGAGCCGGACGCUUCUCCCGCUGAACCAGGAAGCGUGCUGGCAGUGGCUGCCCAGGAGGACGCUGUGGCAGAAGGACCCGGAACACCAGAAUUGGAAAGCGCCCCGUCUGAAAAGUCUGAAGAGGAGCAAGACGUCUCGCACAUGGAGGUUGAAUAAAAACCUUGUCUCCUGUGCAGAAAUGAAUUUGGUCACGAUGUCCGUUGGAAUGGGUUUUUAGAUGCGUAUGUUUACUUGUUACUGGUUAAGCCUUGACAUGCAGCUGGGCAGUUGAAUGUAAAAUGAAAUGGUAGCUGUAUGAUUUGGGUUAAAGGCAGCAAAACAUCGGCAGUCCUUUCUUUUUCCUUUUGCCGUUUAUUUAUUUUCCCAAAGCCGCACUUGUGUAAAUAACUUCUGCCAGGUAUUACAUUGUUAUUGCUUUUGGGGUUAGUAUUAGAAUGUAGUUUUAUUUUCUUUUGGAAAAACAGCUUAUUUGCCAUUGUCUUUUUUUAAAGUGGGGAAAAAAACGCAGAGUUUUUUUUUUUAUAGUAGUUUACAUAGUUUUAUGCAUUUGCAUAAAACUGUCAGGUGCAUUAAGUGUUUUCUCGCAGGCAUUUAAAUGUGUAAUCGUGCCUUUAAGUAUUGUAAGGGUAUUGGGCUCUUGGACAGUGACGUAGUCCUCAUGUUUACACAGUAAUGUUCAGCAAUGCUUAUAGUCAGGCCCUCUCAUUUAUUCCUGCGACUAAAACCCUACUACACAACCACAAAACUAAUAGCAUGUGUGCCAAGGUGUGUUGAAUCUAGCCCCCCCUCCCCACCCCAAACCAUCUAAAAUGAAAUAAAAUAUUGUUUUCAAGCUUG